AUGCAGAUUUUCGUCAAGACCUUGACCGGAAAGACCAUCACCUUGGAAGUCGAGUCUUCCGACACUAUCGACAACGUCAAAUCCAAGAUCCAAGACAAGGAAGGAAUUCCUCCUGACCAGCAGAGACUGAUCUUCGCCGGUAAGCAACUCGAGGACGGCAGAACCCUUUCCGACUACAACAUCCAAAAAGAGUCCACUUUGCACUUGGUCCUGAGACUGAGAGGUGGUAUCAUUGAACCAUCUCUUAAGGCUUUGGCUUCCAAAUACAACUGUGAAAAAGCUAUUUGCAGAAAGUGUUACGCCAGACUCCCACCAAGAGCUACCAACUGCAGAAAGAGAAAGUGUGGUCACAGCAACCAACUGAGACCAAAGAAGAAGCUUAAAUAG